AUGGCGAAAUACACCGCGCUUGUGGACGGCGGCAGCAGGCAACCACGCAUCGAUCAACACAGGGCGGCAUGCGACGAGGAUAAGCUGCGCGUCAUCGCCCUGCUAGACUCCUUGCUGUUCGUCAGCAAGUGUGACGCGCCCAUGGGACUGUGGGUGAAACUGGUGCGCUACCUGGCGGAGAAGGGUGUGAAGGGCUUCCCCAAGAAGGGUUACGGGACGUACUACACCACAGAGGCCCUUGCUGCGAAGGACGCUUCUGAAGAUAUCCCAGACUUCAAGAUUGUUGACAAGGUCAUCCGGAACGUGGCAGAGCAUCUCGGGCGUUCGGGGCCCUGGCACCAGCGCUUCCUCGACCUCCAGGAGGUGUUCACGUCGACGUCCCUUGAGCUGCAGGGCAUACAUGCCGUGCGGUGGCUUUCGCGGGGAGACGCCGUCCUUCGGUUUCUAGCCAUCUUGCCAGCCGUCAUUGUCAUGCUCAAGGAGUAUGACAAGAAAAUGUUUGCCAUUGUGUCGAGCUACCGUUUCCAUUUCCUCUUGAAUUUCAUCGCCGACGUGCUUGAGCAGCUCAACAUCCUCAACCGCGCGUUCCAGCACAAGGAGCUUGAUUAUGCUUCUCUCCAUGCACAGAUCAAGCAAACUACCUUCCACAUCGAGAGCCGCUACGUCGACUGUGGGGACGACUUCGGUGGAGGCAUGAGCGAGCGGCUCUCUCCAUUCCUGACGCAACAUGGGCCGGGAGGGACGAGGGAGAUGACAGUUGCCGGCAUCGACUCGGACGGAAGGCCGACGGAGUUCUCGUUCGUGCUUCACGAGGACCCAAUGGAGGAGUUCGGCGGGCGUGGAACUCACGACGGAUGCGUCGACGUCUGCACGGCGUUCGCAGAGAUGAUCGUCAGGAACAUCCACGGAAGGUUAGGCGACUUGGAGUCGCUGUCAGGGUCGAGACUGUUCACGCCUGACGCUUGGCCUCUGGACCGUGGCGAGCGUCACGCGCGGUGUGUCGAGUGGCUGGAGUCCUUGAUCACACUGUUCAAGGCUGAGAUGAACGACGACAUCUUGCCAGGUAAGCCAGUUAAUGAUGUAACUAGCGUCCAUGCACUGAUGACGUAA